AGGACACAGUGAGGGAGGAGAGGAGGGAGGAGACAAUGUUUCUGUGCACCUGACACGACCUGUUUAUCCACUCCAUCCAGUUUGAGUCAUUCUUAGAGGUGGAGGAAGACGAGGACGCGAAGGGAGUUUGCCCACUGAAUAUUGUAACCUUACAGACAGGGGACUUGUUUAUUGUUUGUUUGUUUGUUUGUCAACAGCAGAGGGGAUUUAAAUGACUCCUUAAGGUUCCAGUGAAGCGCGUCUCCGUGAAGGACUCGCCUUGUCCUGACAUCUAAUCAGAAGCCAGCUUCAUCGAGCUCCGUCUUCUCCCUUUACAUUAAAACGAGGUUUUAUUCGGCUACGAGCACGUCGCGACAUCGGUGGAGGAAGAUGCGCCAUCAUCAUCACAAGUAUUUUCUGUGAGGAGGCAGCUGCAGGGAUCUUUAAUAUGUCUGAACAUCAAAUAUGAAGCUCCAGAUCCCAGCAGGAGAAUUGUUUUUCAUGAUCCAGCAACAUCCCUAAAGGGGUUUUAGAUAAUUGUGUGACUGCAAAAUCAAGAGUAGUCAUGCACAACACUGCCCAGGAAAGUGUGGCUGGGUACCCAAGUGGAAGUGUGGUGGAUAAAGAUGCCAAUCCGGAGACGACACUGGGAAGCGCCUACUCUCCGGUGGACUACAUGAGCAUCACCAGCUUCCCCAGGCUGCCAGAGGAUGACACGAUGUCUGGAGAAACCACACAGAGAUCUCGAAAGGAUGACGACAAUGUCCUGAGUGAACAAGAUACAGAUCCAGAUCUGUUUCUGAGGUCGGCUCGUCUCCAGCGUCUCCCAUCCUCCGCUUCAGACUUGGCUUGCCAAGAUGUUGCGUCGCUACAGGAGACCACCACAGACCCCUUCAAUGCGGACUGCGCCUGCCAGCGAGAUGGAUUGACUGUCAUAAUCACAGCCGGUCUCACUUUUGCUACAGGUGUCACUGUAGCUCUCAUAAUGCAGAUCUACUUUGGAGAUCCCCAGGUAUUUAACCAAGGAGCAGUGGUGACAGAUGUGGCUCAGUGUACAUCUGUUGGGUUUGACGUUCUGGGGAAGCAAGGAUCCAGUGUUGAUGCUGCCAUCGCUGCCGCCCUCUGUUUGGGGAUUGUCCACCCUCACACCUCUGGCAUAGGAGGUGGUGGCGUUAUGUUGGUGCAUGACAUCCGUAAGAAUGAGACGAGAGUUAUUGACUUCAGAGAGACGGCACCAUCUUCCCUCCACGAGGACAUGCUGCUCACAAACCUUGAUCUUAAUUCAGGCCUGUUAGUGGGAGUCCCAGGCAUGCUCAGCGGAAUGCAUCAGGCACACCAACUUUACGGGAGGUUACCGUGGAAAAACGUGGUUUCCAUGGCAGCAGAUGUGGCCAAAAAUGGAUUUAAUGUUACUCAUGACUUGGCUGAAGCGCUGUCUAAAAUGAAGAACCAAAGCAUGUCUGCUGCAUUUCGGGAUUUGUUCCUCCCCAAUGGCCAGGCCCCCCUCUCUGGACUGUUCACCCGACGCAUUGACUUAGCUGCCAUUUUGGAUGCUGUUGCAGUCAAAGGAGUAUCUGAGUUCUACAGUGGGAAUCUGGCACAAGAAAUGGUGGCCGCAGCGCAAGAAAGAGGAGGCGUGCUCACAGAAGAUGACUUUAGAAACUACAGCACAGUCCUAGAAAAGCCAGCAGAAACCACCUAUCAGGGAUACCAUGUAAUGGCUUCUCCAGCCCCACAUGCAGGUGUUGCCUUGAUCACUGCACUCAAUAUCCUUGAAGGCUACAAUAUUACAAACCAAGUGCCCAGAAAUGGCACCUACCAUCGCAUCGCAGAGGCUUUGAAGAUAGCAUUGGCCCUGGCUAGUGGGCUAGGAGACCCUUUAUAUGACACCUCUGUCUCAGAAAUUGUUGCAACAAUGCUAAGUAAAUCACAGGCUUUCCUGUUCCGCCAGAUGAUCAACGACUCUAUGGCGUUCCCUGUAAACCACUACACUUCAGCCUUUACCCUGGAGGAUGGUGCAACAGCUGCUCAGGUCAUGGUCAUGGGUCCAGACGACCAUGUUGUAUCAGUCCAGAGUUCACUGAACAAACCUUUUGGCAGUGGGAUAGUGACUUCUUCAGGAAUCCUUUUGAACGGCCAGAUUCUGGACUUUUCCUGGCCUAAUAAAACUCAGAACUUCUCGCCCGACCCGCAUAACGGUGUUCAGGCUGGAAAAAGACCCAGGUCCUUCCUGAUGCCCACAGCAGUACGGCCUGCUAUGGGAGUGUGUGGCACAUAUGUAGCUGUUGGGUCAUCCAAUGGAGCAAAAGCUCUCAGUGGCAUCGCUCAGGUACUGAUCAAUGUUCUGUCUUCACGUAAAAACAUGAGUGACACUUUAGCGUAUGGACGACUCCACCCUCAGCUGGAGCCCAACACACUCCUGGUGGACUCUGAGUUCUUAGAGGACGACGUGAAGCUGCUGCAGGCCAAAGGACACAAAGUUGAGAAGAUGGAUGUCCUUUCACUGGUGGAGGGCACACAGAGAACCAAUGACCUCAUCAUGGGGGUAAAGGACCCCCGUAGUGCUGACGCCUCAGCUCUUACUAUGUCUAACAUGCCUUAGUGUGUUGCUUCUUCUGAUAUUUGCUCAUAUUAUGGCAGGGGAUAAAUCUAGUAGCUUAUUGAAGAAGGGAAAAUAAGGCUGCACCAAAGAAAUAAGCUCAGCAGGACUGAGCAAGUGCUGUUUAUUUAAGAUCAAAAUGAGCAAAACACAUUCAGCUUUCUCUGGGCUGACAUGAUAGAAGCCUUUGUGAUUUGCUCACAUUAAAUAUUAGAAAGCAACACUACUUCAAAUACAGCACAUCUUCUUACUGUGCA